AUGGUUGCUGGUUGUAGACAGCUUCUUGGUUUAUUUUUGGGAGUCAUUGGCUUUCUUGGAUCGAUCAUCACCUGUGGACUCCCACUAUGGAGAGUCACCGCUUUCAUUGGUGCCAACAUCGUCACUUCUCAGGUCAUCUGGGAGGGUCUGUGGAUGAACUGUGUGACCCAGAGUACAGGCCAGAUGCAGUGCAAGGUUUAUGAUUCUAUGCUAGAAUUAGCUCAAGACCUGCAGGCUGCCAGAGCACUCACUGUCAUCGCCAUCAUCGCUGGAGUUUUUGGGAUUCUGCUUGCGGUGGUUGGAGGCAAGUGCACAAAUUUUGUCGAAGACGAAGUGCAAAAGAGCAGAGUGGCAGUAGCUGCUGGAAUUGUCUUCAUCAUUGCCGGCCUCUUGGUGCUUAUUCCAGUCUGCUGGACCGCUAACACCGUCAUUCGUGAUUUCUACAACCCUACCCUGAUUGCUGCACAAAAGAGAGAGCUGGGAGCAUCUCUCUACAUUGGCUGGGGAACUGCAGGGGUGCUGAUCCUGGGAGGGGGCCUGCUCUGUAGCUCCUGUCCCCCCAAGGAUGUCACUGAUUAUGACGUUAGGUACUCCAAGGCUCGCUCUGUGGAUAGUCAUAAGGAAUAUGUUUAG